UAGAAGUAACACCGGAUGAAGUUGCGGAAGAUGUAGAAUCUGCGCCACUGCUGUGAGGCGUAACCUGUUGCUCACAGGUCAACGCACUUCAACCAUGUACGGACCAACAACGACAUGGCUGCUACGAGCAGCCGUUCUAUUUGGGCCUUUCUUGUCGGUUGUGGUCGGGCGGAAUAUGGCGCAUGCUGCAGGUCGCAGGAAAAGCAGAGCGAAGCAUGGUUCUGUGCCACAAGUUGCUGUUGUUCCUGAAUUACUCCCGAGUGCAGAUGGCGAUAUCAUACCUGCGUCGUUGCGCACAGUGCAUGACGAAAAGACAUUUCAGCUUGACGACAUUCUGAAUUGGCUUGCACUGCACAAAACAUUUGUGACGUCGCGCGGCUACUUUACCCUCGAACCGGAACCCGGAAAGCUUGCCGCGGGAGAAGAACCUACUCUGAUUGUAUGUUUCUGAAAGUGUAGAGAAAGACAUCUGUAGCUUUAGUUUUUUCCUCAUUUCGAUGUGGCUUUAGUUUUUCCCAUAAGCAAGGUCAACAACGCCGUUCCGAUCUCAUUGCGAGCACCUACCUUUCUCUUUCCACCUGGUGGGGCCUUAUGUGGCAGAAGACAGGAAUUUCCACUCUGAGCGCUCUACUUUAACUCAACUACUGUCCCCGUCAGAUCAUCUAGAGUACGACUACUUUCCUACUUCUUCGCUUUUAUGUUCGCUCUCACUUCUAACACUCAUCUCACCUACUUAAUCUUUCCAAUUUUCAAAAAGAAACUCAUCUAAUGCCCUACUACGCCAACAAUCACAAGUUCGGUACACGACAGCGCUUCGUGGUACAUCAAUUGUCAGCCGAGGAACGAGAGGCGCUAUUCUUAGUGCCACCGCCAGUGGUUGGAAGCGGAGAUAUCGAAACGGCCGGUUUCUCUACUGAUGCGUCUGGCAGUGUUGCGCUAGGAAGCCAAACUCCUUCCGCUGGAAGCGCGCAGAGCGGCAAUGUGGAAAUGGCGAGUGCGGCCGGUGGGAGCGGUCUUGGCGGCGGCAGCGUUGUAAGCGGCAGUGCCUUGGGUGGAAGCGGUUCUGGAAGUGGCAGUAUGGGAAGCGGAAGCGGUAGUGCAGGAAGCGUUGGUAGUAGCGCUGUCGAACAGGUGCCAUUGUCGAUGAGCGAGCCGAUUUAUUAUCGGCCCACCACUUUUCCUAAGGCGCAGGGGCUCGGAUGUGGCAUCUCUUUACCCGAGGAAAUGGGUAAGCGCACGAGAGAGCGCAUUAUGCGUCCGCUAUGGGAUAUGCGGGACAAGACAGUGUAUACAGCUUUCUUGAACGAUUCGAUGAUAGCCUAGCUUGCUUAAAGUUUGAAUCCUUAAUGCCUACCAGAAAACUUCAGAUGAUUUGUUGCUUAGGGGAGACUACAACUCUCAUUUGUUCUACUCGGUUCUUCAUUAUCGACUAUCAUCCUAAAACGACUACAGGCAAGACGCAAUCCGCUUUGCCUCGUCGACGAGUCAUAACGCAACUGCGCUCGUGUCACAAGUCAUACGCGAUGUUGCUCACUGGGAAGUCAGUGCUGAGCUGAUUCCCGGCCUGUGCAAAAAGUUAGUUCGUGCUCGAUUGAAGGCUCAGCCGGAUGGUACUUUUUUCAAAGUGAAGGUUUGCCGAUGCCAAGGUGUUCAGCACCAAUUGACAGUGGAUUUGAUGAAUAUCAGAGAAUUUUUGUUCCACCAUCUUUCCAACAGCAACACCGGCUUUUGCAGAUGAACUAAUUCGCAAAUGUAGUGCUGGCGCCACUCAAGUCUCGAACAGUGUCAAGGCCGCGCCUGUGGUCCUCGCCGCUAUGGCUACGGAAGGUACUAAUCAGACAGCAUGCUUGCUAGUAGUGGAUCCAAACUCAGAACUUGAUUUAUUGCAGUCUACAAGACAUAGAAUGUCCUGAUCCACCAUUGAUUCCCGUAAAUGAAGACUUUUUUUUCAGGUGCCGUCCUAGCCUCGGAAUCCGAGGUCGAAGCGCGACGAGCUGGUGUGGAUGCAGUUCAGGAAGCGUAUCGCAAUGCAGUUGAAAGCACAGCUGACGUAGCGCGGGUAAAUUAUGCCAGCACCGCCAUCUGCCACGCGCUCUGCCUAUGAAAUUAGCCUAGGCGUCUAGAAAAGAUUGGAUUUGCUAGUUGUAGUUGUUGCAUGGUACUCGUUGUGUUGUCUUGAUUAAAGAGGAAAAUGUCUCGGUACAUUCUUGGUCGAGUAGAUUGAUGAAUCUUGUUGUUAAGAGCAAAGACUGUAACAUUUAUAUCGUACAUAGUUUUUGCAUUUGCUGACUCCCUCCCAUCUCCGCGUUCAAAAAGAGCAAGCUGCAACGAAGGCAUUCAACUUCGCGGCACACUGGCUUCGCUACGGUCAUGACGCCAUCCAGCAUGAGAUCGAAGAUUCGGCGCAGAAGACAGCGCACGCUGUGUCGAACAAGAUUGCGAAACUUAUGAAAUUCCCCUUGCUAUUAAGUUAUCGCGUCCUUUAGUUACCUGAAUAAUGCUGUAAAUCUCUCUCCCCUUCUCCGUUUCUACUUUCAUACUCAGCGUCGGCGGCCUGUGGGUCUUAGGUCAAGUAGCAAAGCAGGCUAGAACGCACACGCGAGCGGUUCUGAGUGAACCAGUAAGAGAAAUCGCGGAGCAGAUCGGUCAACAUGCUGUUGAAGAACUGUGGACACUAGACGAGCUCGAUGGACAUGUCCCACUUCCGGUCAUCAAGUAUCCCCCAGGAAGCUCGUCGGAUAAGAAGGCAGGGGAUUAUGGCAUGGAAGUAUACAUGUAGAUAGUUGGCAGCAGGGAAUCAUGUAAUCCACCUGUGUAUUGGUGAUGAAAAUCUGGAAGUCAAAUCGGUAUUUUCUUGCUUGUACUUUGGAAUUCUAACCCAUCAAGCCACAAAUUGUUCCUGGAAGUUCUCUCGCCGUCGGGUCGUCGGGACAGAGUCCGGCAGGGUUUUUGCAACUAUCGGACAACUCAACUGUGGAUUUUGCUCAUCUACCUCUCCUCUCGCGGCGUCGCACGACGGAGGCCCGCCUGCCUUUCGGUGCAACGAGUCUGCAGAGCGCUCUCGCAGUCGAGCAAUUGGGUCAAGGAUUGCUAGCGGCAAGUGGAUUUUCGGGCAAUCAUAACGCUGGUGAUGUUCGUGAUGAAGUAGGAAAUCUUGAACAUCUCGAAGAUGCAGUUCCUUUGAGCAUGCACGAGGCGAGAACGAAGACCAGUAGAGGACAGAAUGAAAAUAGGAUCAAGUCAAUAUCGAGCAUGCGUAAGGUGAAAAAGGAUGAUAAGGCAUUCAUAUCUGGUGGUGCGAAAACUGGAAGUGCUCCUCCCGAGGGUGACAAAGACGAACAAGAAUCAGAAGAUGUGAAAUUGUCUGGAAACGAGCACGACCUUUCUAGGCCUGAGCCAGAUGCUGGCCGCGACGUCGACAAUGCAGUUCUCAAGAGAAACAGCUAUACUGGUCUCUCAGGUUCAGAGAUGCCUGUUCUGCAGGUCAGCCCACUAGCUUCUACGACUGCCGAAAGCGCCAGUGUUCCACUGCAAACUGGUAGCGUAGCUCCUCUUGCUGGGUCCACCGCAGUUGCUGGUUCAGAGAUGAAAGUGUCGAGUGUUGCAGGUGGUCCGCCGUGUCCUGCAUUCAAUAUGCCAGCUUUCGAUGACGGACGCUGGUUGCAACGAGACACGAUCCUGAACUACCGAGGCGAAGCAUCCUCCGAAGAAGGGACAGCAACAGCGAGCGUUCUUGGGAGUAGCGAUGAUGCUGCGGAUGCUGCGGAUUCACAUGGGACCACGGACCUCGUUGGUGGCUCACCGGCGUCGCCACCAGGAGCAAUUGGCAAUGCAGUUCCGAUCGCACAGGGCGUUCGCGCAUGGCGCCUGAUCGACGGCGGCUACGCUUUUCGGUAUCAACAAGUCCCUGGAUUGCUUGUCCGGUUUUUCGAUGGUCGCGAAGAGUAUCUCUGGGGCGGGCGCAUGUACGCGCGUCGAACGCCGCUGAAAAUCGAGUUCUGGAACCUGGAAUCUGGUGGCUGGGAUCGCUAUGCCGCAGAGAUGCUAGAUGGUGAACGCGUUUUCCAGGCGAAGGACGUGCUGACAGUCGAAGAGCGUCCGGGGGUGUCUGUUAACGCACACUGGUGCGAACCGAAUCGCUCUGUCUCGAAGACUGCGGCAGGCGUCGAAUACACAGACUACGUAAGCGGACGUCGAGUGUUUCGAAGCGACGACCUCGACUUCACUUCGGUUGUCUCCCCGGCAAGUGCGACGGGCGGAGCACCUCAAGAAACGAUCAAGGUACUUACGCGUGCGUCUAAAUUGAUAAUCUACUCGUUAUUCAUUACAAUGUAUCUGUGAUUCCUCUACUACGAUAUUCAUUUCAGAGCGUGAGCCAUUUUAGCAACAGCAUGUUUGUCCCUAACUUACUCUAGAGCCGCGCCUUGGCUGAUGGACAGAGUGGCACACUUACGCGCGUAACGCCCAAGACGACUGAGUACGUGUAUCCCGAUGAGUCGUUGUCAGUCGACAAGUCUACAAUGACCGUGCGUCGCACUCUUCGACUACAGGCAGGAAGCCGCUAGUUGUCUCUCCAUAGGGACAAAUACUUACAAUUUUGUUUUUUCCACGUUUGUUAUAUACCAGGUGUAACAACAACCUAAAAGGAGACGGGUAAUAGUUUUUGUUUCCCAGAAGAAUGAACCACAGAAUGAAAGACGGGAAACUCAAGAGAGCGAGCUACAAGCGGGCGGAGC